GCCCACCCGGCGGAUCGCAGCGGCGCGCAGGCUACAAGUGCUGCGGCAGGGGAAUGAUGCGGGAGUUUCUCCAGGAGCUGUCCUGGGGCGAGCGCGCGGUGCUGCAGCCGCUCCGAGUGGCCCACGCCGAAGGAAAGCUGCCUUCUCCUUUGAGGGAUCCUGUCACAGGAAUGUGUGAUUCCUGGGAUAAAUUUGGCUUGGUGACGGCAGUAUGCUUUCUCCAGAGAUAUUGCCACUUCCUUCUUACCCCUUUUCUACCCUGACCUGUGUUUCUCACUCCUAAUCCCUGCGAGAAGUCAGCAGGUUUGCCCCUUUCACACUCCUAGCUCCAGGUUCCCUCUGGCUCUUUAUUGGUCCUCAUAGGAGGUACUGGGGCUGAGACCUCACAGGUAGCCAUGGCUGCAAAGGAAACCAGGACCCCAGGGGCAGCGCUGCUCCCUGCUGUAUAUUGCUAGCUACUAUAGGGUCCUUAUCUGUAUUGCAAAUUUCCUGAAAGCCACUGCAGGCUGUUUAACUAGCUCCCAUGGAGCUCCACUACCUUGCUAAGACAAACAGCCCAGCAGAUCUAUGUGAUGUUGUGGACCCAAUUUCAGGAGGGCCUCCUGGCAGCCAGGAAGAAGUGGUGGUCCUCAGAGCUGCUCUUUGCUGUCAGAAACACUGUACAUCUCUACCAAGCACCCAUGGGGUGGAUGGAUCUAGACUUAGCCCUUCUCCCACAUCCCCAUCCUCUUCUUCCCUGCAAGACGGAGCUGUUAUUCAGCCAAACUUCUUCCCACCAGGACCUCUUGACUCAGUGAUCAACCAGAUGAUAGCUGAGCGGAAAGUCUGUGACUGUUGCAGUCAAGAGUUAGAAACAUCUUUUGCUUACGUGGAUGAGAAUGUCAACUUGGAACAGAGAAAUCUAAGGUCCCCCUUAGCAAAAGGCAGUAAUCACCCUGGAGACGUUGGCUGGGGAAAUCCAAAUGAAUGGCCCCAUGAGGCUGCCAUAUCUUUGAUUUCUGAAGAUGACGAUUCAAAUUCAGAAGUUACUUCUUCAGGGAAGUCCGUGGACUACGGUUUUAUCAGUGCUAUCUUGUUCUUGGUCACUGGUGUAUUACUGGUGAUCAUUUCUUACAUCGUUCCGCGGGAGGUGACAGUGGAUCCUAACACAGUGGCAGCCCGGGAGAUGGAACGUCUAGAAAAGGAGAGCGCAAGGCUGGGGGCACACCUGGACCGCUGUGUGAUUGCUGGCCUGUGCCUCCUCACACUUGGGGGGGUCGUUCUGUCCUGUUUGCUAAUGAUGUCAAUGUGGAAGGGGGAGCUGUACCGUCGAAACAGAUUUGCCUCUUCCAAAGAGUCUGCAAAACUCUAUGGUUCUUUCAACUUCAGGAUGAAGACCAGCACUCAUGAAAAUACCCUGGAACUGUCCUUGGUAGAGGAAGAUGCCCUUACUGUACAGAGUUAAUUUUGAUUAUGAACUAGUUGAGUCUAUGCUAUGGUAUUUUAUAUGAAAAAAAAAUGUUAAAGAUAAUUGUGCAGUUUGUUUACCUGUCAAGAAAAAAAAAUUAUUUCACAAACCAGAAGCCAGUGAGUGUUUGUGUUCCCAUGUUUUCUUGUGUUUGAAGAAAAGCCAUGUAAAGAUGCAAAUGAAGCCACACCAGCUACAGCAUUUUUGCUGAGAGCUGCAAGUUACUUGGUCUGUAAUAACCAUGGGCUUCUAUAGCAGAGUAAAUCCAAGGACCUAAUAUGCAAUGAUAACCUUUACAUAAAUACAAGGUAUGUACUCCAGCAGGACCUGCAUAUCAUGCAAUUUGUUGGCAAUCUGUUUUGUGAAACAUAAGCACUAGUUGAAUAGGAAGGCUUACAUUUAACUCUCAAAGGUGCUUGUUCAUUUUCUUGUGAACAUUUUCUUCUUAUAAUUUGGCUAAAGAGUAAAUUGUAUACUUUUUGAGUGUAUUUAGAACCUGGAGGAUGUUAGUUAUUUUUAUAAAAUCUAUUAAAUUGUUACAUUUAAAAUUUAUCACUAGAUUCAGAAAUGGAAACUAUGUCCUUAGGAUAUACUUUAUAAUAAAUGAAAAUUAUAUGAAACAUUAAGACCAACAUGGAAUUAACUCAGAGUUAUUGUCAGGCAUUUGUCAUUGCAUUGUUACAUGCCCUGUUUCUAAAGGAAGUAAAAUUAGCUGCUGAUAUGUUUUACUUGGUAGUUUUGCUGUUAUCCUGUUUAUAUUGCUUAUAAAGCCCUUUUCAGUUCUCGCAUGAGAGAGACAAAGUAUGAGACUUUUAAAACACAUCUCUUCCCAGCUGAAUGAGACAGAUUUGUGUCAUGAUUGGCCCUGGCAAGCUCCCUGGUAACAUUUUGUUGUGUGUCUUGGAUAAAACUUCCUUUAUACUAGCAGCUAGAAUAUUGGCAACCAUGCCUAGCAGGCUGUAACACUCAUAAUAACCCAUUGCUUCAGGUGUAUUUAAGUCCAUAGCCCCCCCCCC